CUUUUAAUCUAGGAGGGUAAACACACAGACACACACUUAUCACAAAGUGGAUGGGUGAGACCUAAAGCGAUACGUUUCGGUUUAUAGCAAACUGAGCAGUAUCACACAGGAGUAGACCAGGAGGUCAGCCUUUCUUGCUACAUCAACUGAUAUCACACAUGGCGGAGCCGGGAGACCUAAUUGAGAUAGACAGAAAAACAUACCGGCACUGGGCAUUGUUCAUUGGAGAUGGAUAUGUUAUUCACCUCACAAACGAUGACGAUUCUUCUACAAGUGUUGCUGCCAUUGGUGCAUCAUCUGCCUCCGCCGUUGCUAUUGUGAAGAAACAGAAACUGAAGGAUGUAGCAGCUGGUCAUGUAUGGAGAGUGAACAACAGCCUGGAUAAAAAAUGGAAGGCAAAACCCUCAGAUGCCAUCUUGAAAAACGCAGAGCAAAGAGUUGGUGAGAAGAUACGAUAUCGUCUCAUCAAAUACAACUGUGAGCAUUUUGUUACCGAACUACGAUAUGGCCAACCAAAAUCCAGACAGGCUCAGACAGCAGAAUUGGUAGCAGCAGGAGGCUCAGGUGUGGUUCUAGUAGGUGUGCUUGGCGCUAUUGUUGCAGCACUUGUUAGUGUUUUCGCUCCACGCACCUUCUAAUUGAGGAUAACAAGUACAAUAACGCCCUGUAUGUAAUCUCACAAACUGCACACUGCAUCAGCAGCACUCACGUCAUGUGUUAUUGAAUAUACUGCAGUGUAACAUGGGCUAAUGCAUCAAAUUAAUAAAAAAGUAUAAAACACUAAAAGCCUGAAAGUAAACUGCAGUACACAGGAGUUAGAGUGAUAUAGGACCUUUCACAUGUAUUGGCACCCCAAGUAAAGAUGAAUAAAGAAGUUUUUUUUUUUUUAAAUGUUUAAUCUUAGUUUCAUAAUGAAAACAGUGAGGGAAAACUCCAACAUUGAAGGGAUAACCAACACUGUGUAUACUGUAGAUUGCUACUGCAAUAAAAGCUGAUUGGAGAAUUAAAACAUAUUAAGCAAAU